CUCCUUCAGCAACCGGAAAUAACCAUCUUACCAGCCUAUAAAUAUAGAGAAGGGUUUUUGUCUUGAAUAUUACUAAUAAAAGGGCAAUAGGCAAAAAAGUGACCUCUUUUAAAAAUUCCUGAAAUGUGACUAAUAAAUGACAAGCUUGCUUAUAUACACACUGCUACAGUGACACGAGACACAGUGACACAAGACACAGUGACAUCCACCCUCCUUGUCACCACCUCCCACCGGUGACUGCCGCCGCCGCCGCCAGAGACCGUCGCCGACCAUAGUGACAACGACCAUAGUUACAACGACCAUAGUGACACAAUAUUGACGUUGUCACUGCCUAGUGACACUGAUUUUUCAGUGACGCCACCCGUUACUAUGAUCGUCGGAAAAUUUUCGUUGUUGUUGUUACUCCGACUGCUACCACUGCCCUGUCACUAUGAUCGUCGGAAAAUUUUCCGGCUACAGCUCUGCUGGCGCCGUGGACGAAGCCGACCCCUUCCACCUGCCAAUUACUGCCACACCACAGCUCAACCAUGGUCAACCCUAACCAGAUCCAGUUCGGACAGAUCUGAAAGUCUAGCAGCCACAAUCCUUUAGAUCCGAUAGAGAUCCGACAGGAUGGGCGGCAGCAGCAGAGCUCGAGGUGGUGGCUUUGUCCAUGGCGGGUAGCAGAGCUUGAGGCGGUAGCUUCGUCAAUGGCGGAAUCAGAGAUCGAGGCGGUGGCUUCGUCCAUGGCGGUAGCAGAUCUCGAGGCGGUGGCUUCGUACAUAACAGCAGCAGAGCUCGAGGCGGUGGCCGGCUUCAUCCACAGCGGCAGCAGGGCUCACAGGCGGCGGCUUUGUCCAAGGCGGCAACAGAGCUCACAAGAGAGGGAUGAGAUGCAGAGGAUAUUGAGUUCACAGGAGAGAAGGAUGCGUUGCUCUGUGCGUGAAGCCUUUUCCGUCCAGGGGGUUUGUGCGCAGGAGGAGAAGGGGUUGUGGUUCUGCUAUGCGGACAAAGUUUUUAGAUCACAUUUUUAGGAAAAGCAAAAGGAGCCGUAUUUUGGUCUCUUCAAAGUGCCCAGGUCAUAUGUGUGCCAUUCUUUCUAUAGGGAAAGUUUUGGUUGGAAAAG